CACGUCCAGGCCCUCUCCUCCUCGACGCUGUUUUCUCCCCCUCCACGCACCUGUCCGUCUACCUGGGAGAGAGGUGUGAAAAGGGAGUUUACCUGGCGCCCUUGUGAGAUCUCGAGGUGACGUAAAACACCUGGGAAGUACUUGAAAGCAGAGCGAAACAGACUCCCUACAGCUGCGCCUUCUGUAAAACCCACGGACUGAGACGGAGGCGGUGAGGGUGGUGGAGGUGGUAUCUGCGGCGGAGUGGGUGGAAGAAAGAGAAAGAGAACGAGAGCUAGAGCGAGAGAGCGUUCGUCCAGUCUCCCCCAAACAAUGAUCUUCGGGCCGAGACCCACGUUGGGGUGGCUCGGGUACCUGCUGCUGAAGGGGUCGUGGUGGCGUCUGGCAGUGCUCUUGUCCUUCCUCAGCGUCAUUACCGUGUUCCUCGUGCACCGCGGCCAGAACUCCGUGACGCUCCAGCACUCCGUUCCGUCUCCCUUUUCCCCGCCUGUCAUGUUCCUCCCGCCGCCCUCCCACUCCUACAUGACCCCCCUGGACGUCUGCUCCGUGGAGGCUGCCGUGGAGGCCGAUGAGGAUGGGGGUGCGAGCAGGGACGUCUUGUCAGGGGGGGAGGACUGGAAGCUGGGAAGGGGCGGCUACCCGGUGCGGCGACAGGUGUACGUGUUCCUGUGGGGGUCCUCCAUGGGUCCCGGUGACGUGUGGGGGCGGUGGGUGACGCGGCUGCCGAAGGUGACGGUGAACCUCCUUGAUGUGCCCAGGACGGUGAGCAGGACGCCCAUUAAAGGCCUGGCCAAGCUUAUCGGGUGGACCACUUACCCGGAGUGGAUGACGUGGAUGGCGGCGCGGGUGGCACUGCUGUGGGCGGCGGGAGGCGUGGUGCUGCCUCUGGGGAUGGUGCCGACCCGCCCCCUGUGGCUGGAAACAAGACCCCGGGUGCUCCUGGCGGCGAAGGAGGAAGACGGGGUUAACUCUGUGGUGCUAGGAGCGUCGCGGCACCACCCCGUCCUGGCCGCCGCCGCGAGACUCCUGGAGGCCGGCGCGGAGGGCAAGACUCCUGGCUACCUUACAAACGCUGAUGAGCUACUGACGGAGGCGGUGAAAGCGGCGUGUGGCGUGAAGACCAUAGACAACCUUCCUUCGGCCAACUGCACCACCACCACCGUCCUAGCGCCCGGCGAGGUGCUUGACAUGGCGUCCACCGAGGACGUGCGGGAGGCGGAGGGAGCCAGUCUUCUCAGUGCCACAGGGGACCCAGAUCACCUCCUGCACCUGCCUAACGCCCAAUACCUGUUCCUCUCGUACCAGCUCGCCAGGUACUGCCCCAAAACGGCCCUCCAGCUUGAUGCCAUGUACCGCAACUCCCUGUAAAGAUAGCGAGAGAGAGAGAGAGAGAGAGAG